AAGCGUGAGCAGCACUGCCCAGCGAGGGACAGCUGCCGCUGGCUGGGCACACUGUGAUCACAGCUCUGGCAUGGGCACUGCUGUGGGACGGCGACCGGCCGGGAGGACGCGGACUCUCCUGGGCUCUCCUGGCACCUGCCUGGCCAUCGCUGCCCUCGCAUGGGGCACGGUGCUGUGGGUGGAGGUGGGUGCCUGGACGUACCACUACAGCGACCAAGGGGACUACACGUGGGAGCAGGCCAGGAAUUACUGCCAGACCUUCUUUACCGACCUGGUGGCGAUCCAGAACCAGCAGGAGAUCGAGUACCUCAACAGGAGCCUGCCCUACCACAAGCACUACUACUGGAUCGGCAUCCGCAAGCUGGGCAGCACCUGGACCUGGGUGGGCACCAGGAAGGCGCUGAGCAAGGAGGCCGAGAACUGGGCCCUGGGGGAGCCCAACAACCGCCGCUCCAACCAGGACUGCGUGGAGAUCUACAUCCAGCGGCCGCAGCAGGCCGGCAAGUGGAACGACGAGCCCUGCAGCCGCAAGAAAAAGGCGCUGUGCUACCGGGCCUCCUGCCAGCCCUCGCUGUGCAGCCAGCGCGGCGAGUGCGUGGAGACCAUCGGGAGCUACCGCUGCCAGUGCCACCCCGGCUUCCAGGGCCCCGAGUGCACGGAUGCUGUGCAGUGUGCCAAGCUGGAGCCCGAGGGAGUGACCGUGAGCUGCAGCCAUCCCUACGGAGACUUCAGCUACAACUCCAGCUGCCAGUUUGGGUGCCCCGAGGGGUUUGAGCGGCGAGGGGCGGCCGUGCUGCGGUGCCUGCCUUCCCAGGAGUGGUCAGCAGACAUCCCCACCUGCACAGCCAUCACCUGCCCAGUGCUGAGAGCUCCAGAGCAGGGAGAGCUGAACUGCUCCCACCUCCAUGGGAAAUUCACCUUUGGCUCCACAUGUGCCUUCUCCUGCCAGACAGGGUUUGUGCUGAGGGGGCCAGAGAGCCGUGAGUGCACAGCCACGGGGACCUGGACUGGGGAUGAAACAAGAUGUGAAGCCAUCACCUGCCCAGUGCUGAGAGCUCCAGAGCAGGGAGAGCUGAACUGCUCCCACCUCCAUGGGGACUUCACCUUUGGCUCCACGUGUGCCUUCUCCUGCCAGACAGGGUUUGUGCUGAUGGGGCCAGAGAGCCGUGAGUGCACAGCCACGGGGACCUGGACUGGGGAUGAAACAAGAUGUGAAGCCAUUACCUGUCCAGUGCUCAGUGCUCCAGUCCAGGGAGAGCUGAACUGCUCCCACCUCCAUGGCAACUUCACCUUUGGCUCCACAUGUGCCUUCUCCUGCCAGGCAGGGUUUGUGCUGAUGGGGCCAGAGAGCCGUGAGUGCACAGCCACGGGGACCUGGACUGGGGAUGAAACAAGAUGUGAAGCCAUCACCUGCCCAGUGCUCAGAGCUCCAGUCCAGGGAGAGCUGAACUGCUCCCACCUCCAUGGGAACUUCACCUUUGGCUCCACAUGUGCCUUCUCCUGCCAGACAGGGUUUGUGCUGAUGGGGCCAGAGAGCCGUGAGUGCACAGCCACGGGGACCUGGACUGGGGACACCCCUCGCUGUGAAGCCACUGCCUGCCCGGUGCUGAGAGCUCCAGAGCAGGGAGAGCUGAACUGCUCCCACCUCCAUGGGAACUUCACCUUUGGCUACACAUGUGCCUUCUCCUGCCAGACAGGGUUUGUGCUGAGGGGGCCAGAGAGCCGUGAGUGCACAGCCACGGGGACCUGGACUGGGGUUGAAACAAGAUGUGAAGCCAUCACCUGCCCAGUGCUGAGAGCUCCAGAGCAGGGAGAGCUGAACUGCUCCCACCUCCAUGGGGACUUCACCUUUGGCUCCACGUGUGCCUUCUCCUGCCAGACAGGGUUUGUGCUGAUGGGGCCAGAGAGCCGUGAGUGCACAGCCACGGGGACCUGGACUGGGGAUGAAACAAGAUGUGAAGCCACCAAAUGCGCAGCACUGAGCACUCCAAAGAUGGGCCAGGCUGCCUGCUCCCACCUCCAUGGGAACUUCACCUUUGGCUCCACAUGUGCCUUCUCCUGCCAGGCAGGGUUUGUGCUGAUGGGGCCAGAGAGCCGUGAGUGCACAGCCACGGGGACCUGGACCGGGGACACCCCGCAUUGCAAAGCCAUCAGCUGCCCAGUGCUGGCUCCCCCCAGCAGAGGCCAGCUGAGCUGCUCUCACCUGCACGGGAACUUCAGCUACAACUCCACGUGCAGCUUUUCGUGCCAGGAGGGGUUUGUUCGGAUGGGAGCAGAGAUGCUCCGGUGUGAGGCCACGGGGAACUGGACCAGGGAUCCCCCUGUCUGUGCAGAGGAUGGUGCCGUCCUAAAGCAGGUCCUGGCUUACAGCAGCGGCUCAGCGCUGGCAGUAGCUGGUGUUGUGCUCUCUGGGGGGCUCAUUGCCCUCCUUGCCAGGAAGCUCAGUGACAGAGAGGAGAAGAAGAAGCUCCUGAAACCCACCAGCGACCUGGGAGCGCCGGGCACCUUCACCAACGCAGCAUAUGAUGCCAACCUGUGAGGCUGCCCGAGUGAGAGCCACCGUGUGUCCCAGGGCUGCAGGAGCUGGAGCACAGAGGGGCUCCAUGCCCGUGCUGGUAGCCUGGCCCUGGGCAGUGCCACCACGCUGUGUGCAGCAUUCCCUGGGCAGGGGAGCUGGGCAGUGUCACCACGCUGUGUGCAGCAUUCCCUGGGCAGGGGAGCUGGGCAGUGUCACCACGCUGUGUGCAGCAUUCCCUGGGCAGGGGAGCUGGGCAGUGUCACCACGCUGUGUGCAGCAUUCCCUGGGCAGGGGAGCUGGGCAGUGUCACCACGCUGUGUGCAGCAUUCCCUGGGCAGGGGAGCUGGGCAGUGCCACCACGCUGUGUGCAGCAUUCCCUGGGCAGGGGAGCUGCCUCCAGUGCGGGCAGUGGAGACCCAGCGGGGCCAGGAGCAGCGUGCCGGGGCAGCCUGCAGCCAGCACUGGGCACGCUCCCCCCGGGGAUCCGCACACUCCCCGAGCUCCACUCGUGCUCCCCCCGGUGAGCUUGUGUCAGCGGGGUCUGAAUAAACACCUUUGUCUAA